AUGUCGUCAUCUGGACCAUCAUCUGGACCCCGUCACCCACGAGUUACCCGCCAAGAACAGAGAGACAAACGUCUCGCCGCCAUGGUCGCUAAGCAAGUAGCAAAGACUGUUUCUCAGAUCAUGAGUGAACUAUACGAAAACAUAAGCAAAUCGUCCGAAGAGUCCAGGACCGAAGCUCCCAAGGCUACCCUAAAGCUGCUUUCAGCUUCAAACAGUUCAAGAAAUAUGCCUCCUAAAUACAAACAUUUGUCUGGUUGUCAAAAACGUAAAAGAAGGAAAAUAGAGGAAGAAAAAAGAAGGUCUCAAGAAGGGGCAAUACGCAAGUUCUUUCAAAAAGAACCACAAAGUUCUAAUGUUGAGAAAGACGAAGUUAAUGAUAAUGUGAAUGCUAAUGUGGAUAAGAAUGAUGUUGAUGCUAAUAUGGAUGAAGAUGAUGUUGAUGCUAAUGUGGAUAAAGAUGAUGUUGAUGCUAAUGUUUAUGAAGACAAGGUUGAUGCUAAUGUAGAUGAAGACGAGGUUGAUGCUAAUGUAGAUGAAGACGAGGUUGAUGCUAAUGUAGAUGAAGACGAGGUUGAUGCUAAUGUAGAUGAAGACGAUGUUGACGCUAAUGUAGAUGAAGACGAUGUUGAUGCUAAUGUGGAUGCUAAUGUUAAUCCUAAUAUUGAUAUUUUUGAUCCUAGAAAUUGGGAUGGACUUAAUCAUAACAUGAUCAAUGAUUUGGUUAAGAAAGGUCCAAAACGAGAUUUAAAUAUGAGUAAGGGUCCCGUUGAUAAACAUGGAAGACGAUUUUCUACAAGCAUGUAUACUAGAAUUCUACCGAAUAGAGAGACUUAUUGGAAACAUGCUACUAGACUUAAAGAUCAUGAAGUUAGCGUUGAACAUUUGAAGAAUAUGAAACAAUGGUUUGAAAUGCGUCAAAUGUUGGAUUGCAACACAACAAUUGACAAAGUAGCGUACGAGCAAUUUAAGAAAGAAAGAGAUUAUUGGAAAAAGGUCAUUUUAAGGAUCAUUCAACUUGUGAAAUUUCUUGCUAAACAUGGUUUAGCAUUUCGCGGAUCAAAUGAGAAGUUAUUUCAAAAGGGUAAUGGAAAUUUUUUGGGAUUGGUUGAGAUGUUGGAAGAGUUUGACCCGAUUAUGAAAGAACAUGUGCGACGUAUCAUGAAUGAUGAAACCCACAUACAUUAUCUUGGACACAAUAUCCAAAACGAGUUAAUAGUAUUGUUAGCCGAUAAAGUUAAAGCAGAAAUCAUCAAGAAAAUAAAGCAAGCAAAGUACUAUUCCAUCAUACUUGAUUGCACACCCGACACAAGCCAUCAAGAGCAAAUGUCCAUAAUUGUGAGGUAUGUUAAUGAUACCACCAUUGAGGAAUCUUUUUUAGGUUUUUUAAUUGUUGAUGAUACCACUGGUAAAGGACUUUUUGAUGUUACUGUUAAGGAAUUAAAGUCUCUUGGUCUUGAUAUCAAUGAUAUGCGAGGUCAAGGCUAUGAUAAUGGAGCAAACAUGAAAGGAAAACAUAGUGGAGUUCAAAAGAGAUUCUUAAUUGAAAAUCCUAGAGCUUUAUAUGUUGCUUGUGGUUGUCAUAGUCUUAAUCUUGCAUUGUGUGACAUGGCUAACACGUGCACUAAGUCUAGAGAUUUUUUUGGAAUCAUACAACGGUUUUAUACCAUCUUUGCCAAUUCUACAAAAAGGUGGCAAAUUUUGAAAGACAAUGUUAAAGGAUUGACUCUUAAGUCUUUGUCUGCCACUCGUUGGGAAAGUCCUGUAGAUAGUGUUAAGCCUAUUCGAACACAACUUGUAGAUGUAAGAAAAGCUUUGCUUAGAGUUAGGUUUACUGACAAUGAUGCUAAAAUUCAAAGCGAAGCUAAAUCACUAGCAGAAAAAGAACUUGGUGAAUUUGAUUUUUUGGUAGCAACCGUCAUUUGGUAUGAAAUAUUAACAACGGUGAACGUGGUGAGCAAAAAGUUACAAUCGAAGGAUAUGGUUCUUGAUAAUUAUAGAGAAGUAGGGUUCGAUAAGGCGAUUAAUGAAGCUAAAGAAAUUGCAAAUGAAAUGGGUGUUGAUACGGUAUUCCCUCAAAAACGUCUAAUAUUUAGGAAACAACAAUUUGAUGAGACUUCAACUGGACAAGAAGUUUUAUUUUCACCCGAGGAGGAUUUUAGAGUCAAUUACUUUUUAUGUAUCGUGGACCAAGCGAUUGCUUCUCUUGAAACAAGAUUCGAACAAUACCAACAAUAUGAAAAAGUAUUUGGCUUUUUGUUUCCUAAAAAGUUGAGGGAACUUACUGAAAAAGAUCUCAAGUCUCGUUGUUAUGGUCUUCAAGAUGCAUUGAAGUUUAAAGACGAAUCCGAUGUUGAUGCUGAUGAACUUUAUGAGGAGUUGAAAUUGUUUGAGACAUUUUUACCUAGUCAUAUUGUUUGCCCUUUUGAUGCUUUCAAUAGUUUAAAGAAGAUUGGUUUUUUUCCUAAUGCAUUAAUUGCAUAUAGAGUGUUGUUGACCAUUCCGGUAACAGUAGCAUCGGCAGAAAGAAGCUUCUCAAAGUUGAAGUUGUUGAAGACUUACUUACGAUCGAGUAUGUCCCAAGAAAGACUCAAUGGCUUAGCAAUGAUAUCUAUUGAAAACGACAUAUUAGAGACUAUGGAUUACGAAGACUUGAUCGAAAGCUUUGCUUCCAGAAACGCUAGGAGAGCCGCACGAUUCGCUUAA